ACUGCCGAUGUGUCAUAGGCAAGACGUCUCUAUAAAGGAAGUUUUAAACAAGCCUAAACACUCGCACAAAUUGGACGUACCACACUCGCAUCACCUCUCUCUGAAUUUCUGUUGCCUCUCUCUCUCUCUCCUAACUGUCCAAGUGUCUCUCUGCCUUCAGCACUGCAUAAAGACUACACGGGCUCAUCUCAAACUUUACCAAAGACUGAAAGUUUGACGAUAUCUGACUUUUACCUUCCUCUCCUGACUUUCUCUCUGAGUGCUUCAGUCAUCACUCUGCUCUCUCUCUCAUUCAUUCUCUCUCGUCCUGACAACUUUUCCUCCUCACUCUGACUUGUGGAGUGCGAAGAAGAAACCGGAGCACAUGACAAUUUCCGGAGUCCAAUUUAUUUAUUAAUUUUCUAUUUAUUUAUUUAUCUACGUUUCUUUGCUGGUUUACCUAUCCCUUGGAUCCGAAACAAUAUGAAAUUGCUGCUCGACUCCUCCUCAUCGCUCCUCUUCUCGCUGCUAUUGGCUCAGCUGCCUGUGUUCACGUAUGCCUCUCCAGUACCACAGCGGAAGCCCAGUGACAUGGAUAAACUGUCCAAUCAGACCAAAAAUCUAAUGAAGCUCACCCAAGAACUGCUGAGGGAGCAUGCAUUUGACUCAGAUGUGGAGCCCCACAGGUUCAGGUCCCUGCCAGAAAUGAGCAACAGAUCUGCCAAUGAUCUCAACAAUCUUGAGCUGAAGCCCACACUCUCUCAGCUGCAUGCCGACUUGAAGCUGUAUGAGCACCACUUCGAGUGGCUGAACAAGGUCUCAAAGAAGCACCACCACCCUGCGUUGCCCAAGUUGGUAGAGAUAAUCAGAGAAAUGAAAUCCCUCAUCACCUUGCUGCACCGUCAGAUGCUGAGAGUGGAAGCACCAAGGCUGACCCCGGCGACCCCCUCCCUCCCCCCACACCUACCCUAUCAGUUUGAUGUGCUGCAAUCCAGUCAUGAGCUUCUUCAACACUUCAAGCUCUUCUGUGAUUGGGCAUACAGAGCAUUUCUCAGCCUCAAGAGCAAAGUCUCUGCAGUACAAUGAUAAUCCAGGCACAUUCAUUUUAUUUUCCUUGUAACUACUUGGCUGCAGAGCCAGUGAGGAUACAAUGAGUCCCACCACAUCCAAAGGGGAAUUAAAACCAAUUCAGUGUGCACUGCAGUCAUUAACAUCCUUUAAGAGGCCCAAACGUCAGCCAACGACGUGUGUGUUGAAGAAUGUGUCUUUCCAUCAAAGCCACUGAGGAUGCGCCAUACUGCAGCCACUUACAACCAUCAAGAUUCCCGUUUAAGCAAACUGCCAGUUUAACUAUAAUGAUGUCAAGAUUCCCCAAGCGCUCUCCUAAAGGCCUUGUUCAUAACCAUGUUAUUUAUGUAUUUAUUUAUUUAUUGACUGUUAGUAAUUUAUUUAAUUUUAUUUAUUUGAAGUUGUAAUGUGUCACUCUCAUCUUUCUUUCUGUAUUAACGUGAAUUUAUUUGCCCUAAUCUUUCGUUUUGUCUUGUCUCUCACUGAUCCUCAAGAAAAACACAGUAGCACUUCCUGAACCUGCAGCUCUGAUAGUGACUUUUGUUUUAUCUACUGCUUUUGUUUAUUUCUUCUAGUAGAUGUAGCAUACAUUUGGGACAGCCAAGGUUUUUUAUUGUCACUCAUUUACAGUGCCCUUAAAGUAAACAUUUUAGAAAAUGUUGUUGUUAUCGUCUAACAAUUUCAAACGUGCCACGUCUUAACAUAGAGGAAAUUAAUCGCAUUAAUCUGAAAAAGUCAAGAUGCUAGCUGUAGAGAGGUGAAAACUUUCUUUUGUACCACAUGCAGAGUUUCUAUUUUCGAUGCCUCUUUCUUGCGUUCUGCAUGAGAAGGCAUAUUUAACGUUGUGGUAAAGAUGUAUGAAUGUGCCCUGUUGCUGAGCACUGAUGGACCUGAUUAGAUUCUUUGCACAAACUUGUUAGGAUUAGCCUCUUGGAUGAGUGAGAUGGCUGGUUCUGAACUUGUGCUUUGGGGUAGAAAAGUUUGUUUUGUUUUGCUUUGUUUUGUUUUGUUUUUUUAGUUUAACACCCAAAGCCUUAAAAUACUAUGUAUUGUGACACUAUGUUCUGUACAGGUGUACAUAAAUGUACAAGAAUGUAAAUUGUUGUAUACAGUGCUUUUGUGUAUUAUGUCGUUUUCUACAAUAUAAUGUAGAUUACCAAUUUUAUCACUAUAAUUUUUGUUCAUUCCUAUUCUAGUAUUUGUCGCAGUAUUGACUAUUUAUUUAAGUAACUUGGUGGAUCUAUUUAUUUUGUGCUGCAGUGGAGCAAGUCUCCUAUCUUUUUGUACUUUUAUACAGUUUUUAUUCUUAUUUACUACUAUUAUAUCAUCAUGUUUAAAUUAUUGCUGUAACAUCAAGAUGCCUCUUCCACACACUGAUUGGCCUCAAUGUGAAAUAUGUGCCUUGGUGAAAUAAACUCUAAAGAAUGUGCA